AAUGUCUGAAUGUUCAGUUGUAUAGUGUAAGAAGCAACUUCACCCUCUCUUCUCUCUCUUUCUCCUUGUCUGAAACGCAACUUCAAUAGCCAAUUGGCUUCGCAAAAUGUCGGGGAAAAGGAGGAGGAAGUUGAAAUCGUUAAGUGAUACAAUCAUAGACAAUAGAAGAGCUGUUGCUGAGGUGAAAAGUGAAAAUUUGGAGCUGCAAUCCUGGGCCGAUCUCCCUGCUGAACUCUUAGAAUUGAUCUUGUCCCAUUUGGUCCUAGCAGAUAACAUCCGUGCUUCUGUUGUUUGCAAGAGAUGGCAUUCUGUUGCCAAUGCUGUACGUGCAGUAAACCAAUCGCCAUGGCUUAUGUAUUUUCCAAAAUUUGGGGACUGUUAUGAAUUCUAUGACCCUGUGCAGCGUAAGACCUAUUCCCUUGAGUUGCCUGAGUUGAAUGGAUCUAGAGUUUGUUAUACGAAAGAUGGUUGGCUAUUGCUUUACCAUCCCAGAGCUCACCGAGUAUUCUUCUUUAAUCCCUUUAGCAGGGAGCUGAUCAAACUGCCAAGAUUUGUGAUAACGUACCAGAUUGUUGCCUUCUCUUGUGCUCCAACAUCACCUGACUGUGUUUUGUUUACUGUUAAGCAUGUUAGUCCAACUAUUGUAGCUAUUAGCACAUGUUAUCCUGGGGCAACAGAAUGGACCACUGUUAAUUACCAAAACCGCUUGCCCUUUGUCAGUAGCAUAUGGAAUAAGCUUGUGUUUUGUAAUGGGUUAUUUUAUUGUCUGAGUCUCACAGGUUGGCUUGGGGUGUUUGACCCUGCAGGACGUACUUGGAGUGUUCUAGCAGUGCCUCCACCCAAAUGCCCAGAGAACUUUUUCGCUAAAAACUGGUGGAAGGGGAAAUUUAUGACAGAGCAUGAAGGAGAUUUAUUAGUAAUUUAUACUUGUUGUAGUGAAAACCCCAUUAUUUUCAAGUUAGAUCAGACAUUAUUGAAAUGGGUAGAGAUGACGACACUUGAUGGAGUAACUCUAUUUGCUAGUUUUUUGUCAUCUCAUUCAAGGACUGACCUCAUUGGAAUAAUGAGGAACAGUGUCUACUUCUCUAAAGUUCGUUUCUAUGGAAAGCGAUGCAUAUCAUUCUCUCUUGAUGACUAUAGAUACUAUCCCCGUAAACAAUGUCAUGACUGGGGAGAACAAGACCCUUUUGAAAACAUCUGGAUUGAGCCACCAAAAGACUUUUCUGCGUGCAUGUGAAGAUUAUUUGUGAAACAAGGCGUAUAGAGGAGGCUAGAACCUGCAUAUAACGGAAGUUAUAUGUGAAGGAAUGGACGCCUGUAAGAGGGAAGCGAAAAGUCUUGCCUCCUUGGAUAUUUUGUCUUUGCAGACUGAAACAUUAAGAUUUUUUUGCCUCAGCAGUGCUUAUGCUGAAUAUUAGAGUUUAUGCUAAUCUAGAGAUUUAUUAAUUAUUAUUUUGGGCAUGAUCCAUUGUUUAUAUAAAGGAAUGGCAUCUGUAAGAGGGAAGCGAAAAAGAAUUGUCUCCUUGGUCAUUUUGUCUCUGCAGAUCCUGAAAUAUUAAGAUUUUAGGCCCAAACACAGCAGCGCUUAUGCAGAACAUUAGAGUUAAUACUAACCUAGAAAUUUAUUAAUUAUUAUUUUGGGCACAAUCCAUAAUUUAUUCUAUUGUGACUAU